CUCGCGACUGUCUUAAUCAGUGAGAUCAUUUAAUCAGCAGGACACGUGAUCUUUGACCCGCAGCGCUGCACACUGAGUGAGUUCAGGUGUGUUCUGAGAGGACCAGCUGUGAUGGCCGAAGCGGAGUGUCCUGAGACUGCAGAACCGAACCAGAUCGGGCCGGAUUCAGAGUCCGAUUCGGAUCCGGAUGACCCUUUACCCAGUGUGGGUGCAGCAGCGGGAUCCGGAGCGGUCCGGCGGUCUCAGGUGAUCCACAGCGGACACUUCAUGGUCUCCUCGCCGCACAGUGACUCCGUGAGAAGGAGAAGCGCCGCUCUUUAUCAGUCCGAGGAGUGUGAAUUCGGUACGGUUACCGAACCGAGCCAGUUCUGCGGUUUCGGUGCAUUGAGCUCCAGACGCCUCAGCAUUGACCCGUCUCUAAGCCGCCUGUUUGAAUGCAUGACCCUGGCAUACAGUGGGAAAAUUGUGUCACCCAAGUGGAAGUCUUUCAAAGGCUUGAGGCUGCUGUGGAGGGAUAAGAUCCGUCUGAAUAACGGCAUCUGGAGGGCUUGGUUCAUUCAGUAUGUGGAGAAAAGGAAAAAUCCCGUGUGUGGGUUCGUCACGCCACUGGAGGGUUCGGAGGCGGAUGCCCACGGCAAACCUGAGGCGAUUGUUCUGGAGGGAAGCUACUGGAAGAGACGGAUAGAAGUGGUCAUUAAAGAAUAUCACAAAUGGAGGAUUUACUAUAAGAAAAGACUUCAGAAGGAUAAAGACCUGCUGUCCAUGCUGCAGAAGAGGCCUAUCUGCAUGACGGGGCUGGAGAAGUGGACCAAUCCAAUUUAUCCAGAGGCGGCAUCAGAGGCGGCAUCAGAGGAAGUGCACAUGUUUGACUUGGACUGCUUCCUGUCGGAUAUCUCGGACACACUGUUCACCAUGACCCAGAAGCCCAGUGUCUGGAGCGAAGACCGCCAAAACAUUUACAGCAGUAAUGCAGAUAUGAUCCAGCCCGGUUUGACUCCACUGCAGCCCAAUUUAGAUGAUCUGAUGGACAUUCCCGACAUUUUCAUGAGUUACCGUGGGCAGUCCACAGACCAUGCAGGUUAUUUUGACUACGGCUUCUUUGAGAGUUCAUCCAGCGCUGUGUAUCCUUCGACCGCUGGACCAGGACAUACCGGACCUCUGACACAGCCCAGUCUCUCAGCUGAAAGUUUACCUCACCCCUCCUCAUCUGUAAAUCUAUCUGGACCCAGUUACCCCCGCCAGACCCUAAACCCUGGCAUGACCUUUAACCCCGGCAUGACCUUUAACCCCAGUGGAGAAGUUUCAGAACCCAAGUUCAAAGGUUACUCCGAGUAUAUCAGUGAAUUCAAUCACUCUGUGAACCUCUCGUGCGGCAUGACCCCCUACGGACAGCAUGCAUCUUUCAGUGCCCAAGCCACUGGCAUGGCAACCACUGAGAUGCCAGGCGCCAUGGCGCAGGAGACCCCUUACCCAUACCCAACAGCCUGCCUCCGACACGGACAUCCAUGCAGCCAAUCACGGACCAACACGGCUGCCACAUCCAGCGUUAUCACCCACACGGGUUCUACUGUGACCACCUUGCCAUCGGAUGCCCAUCACGGGAACCGAUACUCCAGCAUGGCAGAGAUGUUUCCUCCUGUAAGCUCUUUAGGAUGCCAGCCCUCGACAUUGACCCCGUCUCAGCCCUCGGCCGGCCUCCCUCACUGCUUCUCUGUGCCCCAGCAGGUGGGCAUGGCAACAGUGAGCAGGAAACAAAAAGAACCGACUGGAGGAGCCCAGUUGGUUGGCAUGGUGAUGUCUUCAUCAACAGCUCCGCCCACACAGACGAGUUGCCUGGCUGAUCUGCUCUCUUCUAGAUCUCAAGAGCGAAAACCGUCAUUGAAUUUUGACGCUCCUUUAACUGGGUCAAAAGGUCAUAGAGCAGCAUCGCCGAUUUCUUCACCAACCAGCGGCGGUCGAGGGGCAUCACAGAUUACCCACAGUUCCCCCUGGGCAUCUAUAUCACUGCCAGCGUUGCACUGUCAGACGGCCUCGUCGGGUCACAGCGGGACAUCUCAGGGAAGCACCAUCUCCUCUCUCCUAAUGCAACAAACUCCACUUCUGACACCCAAAACAGAGAAGCUGUCCCCUGUGCAAGUGAGGACCAGUUUAACAGUUAGUUUUUCAGGAAAGGCGGGACCGACAUCCCCGACAAACCCUCCGGAGGAAAACCCCGAGUCAUCGCACUUCUUACACGGACGAGCCGAGAUGGAUUCCACACGAGUAAAAACACAAACAGACACUCGACGGAUCACACACAUCUCCGCCGAGCAGAAGAGACGCUUUAACAUCAAGCUCGGGUUCGAUACGCUGCACAGUCUGGUCAGCACGCUCAGCUCACAGCCCAGUAUAAAGAUCAGUAAGGCCACCACACUGCACAAGACAGCGGAGUACAUCAGUAAGAUGCAGCAGGAGAGGGCUCAACUCCACGAGGAAGCUCAGAGACUCCGAGAUGAGAUUCUAGCACUGAACUCGGCCAUCAAUGUGUGUCAGCAGCAGCUGCCUGCGACAGGUGUCCCAAUAACACGGCAGCGUUUUGACCUGAUGCGGGAGAAGUUCAGAGAGUAUGUGAGCGCUCAGACGCUGCAGAACUGGAAGUUCUGGAUUUUCAGCAUCAUCAUUGAGCCGCUGUUUGAGUCGUAUAACGGGAUGGUGUCCACAGCCAGUGUAGAGGAUCUGUGCUGUACCACUCUCUCCUGGCUGGACCAGCACUGCUCUCUGCCCGCGCUCAGACCCACGGUUCUGAGUUCCCUCCGUCUGCUCAGCACCUCCACGUCCAUCCUCACAGACCCCAGUCUGAUUCCUGAACAAGCCAUGCAAGCUGUCACUCAGGGACGUCCCACCCACAGCUGUAACCAAUGACAACAGACUACCAAAUGACAGCCAAUCAUAUAAUCUGUGCAACAGCCAAUGAUGACGCACUUUAUCAGAAUACAGAUGCUAAAUGCUAGUCAGCGGCUCAGAACGUUUGGUUUUGUUUCACGGAGCUUUAUUUAGUUUGUACCACAGCAUAUGUUCUUAAGCUGUGCUGUUUAAUGGUUUAAUAUUAUUAUAGGAAUUAUCAAUAACAUGAACGAAUGUGAGACGCAUUAUAAUGUUCUGUGCCUUGUUUACAUAACGUGUCAGUUUUUAGAGGCUUGAAAAUACACAACUGGUGUACAUUUUUAGUCCAUUACUCGUUCAAAAUUCAGCAAUAAAUGUGUUUUUACUCCUUUUCUGGAAUAACCAAACCGGUGUCAUGUUCUUU